AUGCCUCAAAUUGACAUUACAGUGGAAAGGGUCAGGAAAUUACUAUCAAGCUUAAAGCCAUAUAAGGCAGCUGGGCCAGACAGCCUACAUCCACGUGUAUUAAAAGAGCUGAGCACAGUUAUUGCUCCAGCUUUGUACAAGAUUUUCAGAACUUCUCUCGAGACUGGUGUAGUUCCAUCAGAUUGGGAACUAGCAUUCGUGACACCAAUUUUGAAGAAGGGAUCCAAGCAAUUGCCCGCGAAUUACAGGCCAAUUUCACUUACGUGUAUUUGCAGCAAGGUUAUGGAACAUAUCCUAGUGUCUAAUGUUAUCAAUCACUAUGAAAAACACCAUAUACUUAAUGACUUUCAACAUGGUUUUCGCAAAUUACAUUCAUGCGAAACUCAGUUGAUUGGGUUCAUUAACGACAUUGCAAGGGAAAUGCAAGGCGGAGGACAGACCGAUGUCAUUCUAAUGGAUUUCUCAAACGCAUUUGACAAAGUCCCGCAUAAAGAAUUUAUAUUUAAGUUGUCAAAUUAUGGUAUUCAUCAUUAUACAUUGGAUUGGAUACAGAACUUUCUUAAAAACCGACAACAAUGCACUGUUUUGGAAGGAGAGAGAUCAAGCUACACCCAUGUUACGUCGGGAGUCCCUCAGGGUUCCGUCCUGGGGCCAAUUUUAUUCUUGGCUUUCAUUAAUGACUUACUGAAGUGUAUAAAGUGCAGGGUGCGCCUUUUUGCUGAUGAUAUAGUCGUUUAUCUUGUUGUAAAAUCGGCAGACGACUGUUGA